AUGUGUUAUCCUAUGGUUAUAGCACGUUUUCUAAUGGCAAAUGUGAUUGAUCAAUUACUUGGACAUCAAAAUCAAAAUGCUAAUACACAUUUAAUAAUUGAUUAUCUUGAUUUAAUAAAAAAAAUUAUUCAAUUACUUCGUUAUUCAAAUUUAUUUGAUUUUGAUCAAUUAUUAAUUUCAACCCGAAUUGGAUCUAUAGAAGAAAUUCGUGUUAGUGAAGCCUGA